GACAGCAGAAUCCUUGUAAGCUGGUAUGAGAUAUCUAAUCAUCAGAUUGCAGGAUCAUUGAGAGGGAAGGAGAAAAAACAGUGUUCUCCACAUGGUCACAGAAGGAUAUACUGUAAUUCUGGGUCGUGCAUUAGCAAAGAUUGUGUGAUAGGGAAGAGGUUUUAGGACAAGAAGAUGAAGACUACAUUCUACAUAAGUUUGCUACUGGCGGGGCUUCAUGCUGAUGUCCAUGGUCAGCUCCCACUGAACCAGCACAAUGGACAUGAUCCAAAUGAACCUAAAGGCCACAAGCAUCAUGAAGGUGAAGCAAUUGCUUGCCUUAAACUAGUGCCAAACAAUGCUGACUUUGCAUUUCAACUGUUUAAAGAGAUUGCACUGGAAACACCUAAUAAGAACAUUUUCUUCUCUCCUGUAAGCAUCUCCACUGCAUUUGCAAUGCUGGCCUUGGGGGCCAGAUCAACCACUCAGACUCAGAUCCUGGAAGGACUCGCCUUCAACCUUACAGAGAUUCAGGAGAAAGAGAUACAUGAAGGCUUCCACAACCUUAUCCACAUGCUGAGCCAUCCUGAGAACGGAGUACAGCUCAACAUGGGGAAUGCUAUCUUUCUAACAGAGAAGCUGAAACCUCUAAAGCAGUUUUUAGAUGAUGCUGAAGGUCUAUAUCAGCUGGAGGCUUUUACCACUGACUUUAACAAUCCCACAAAGGUUGAGAAGCAGAUUAAUGAUUAUAUAGAGAGGAAAACACAUGGGAAAAUCACUAAUUUGGUCAAGGACAUGGACCCACAGACUGUAAUGUUUCUGACUAGCUUUGUUUUCUUUAAAGGCAACUGGGAAAAGCCUUUUAAACCAGAGCAUACUGAAGUAAGGGAAUUCUUUGUGGAUGCUGAAACUACCGUGAAAGUCCCUAUGAUGCACCAGACGGGCAGAUUCGACUUCUAUUUUGAUGGGGACUUGUCAUGCACUGUGGUACGGCUUCAUUAUAAUGGGAGUGCUACUGCAUUUCUGGUUCUGCCAUCAAAAGGGAAAAUGAAGCAGUUAGAGCAAACUCUGGUCAAGGAAACCAUCCAGAAAUGGUCAGACCAUCUCUUCCAGAGCCUGGUGAGCCUCUACUUCCCCAAAUUUUCCAUUUCUGAGAGCUAUGAAAUAAAGAACACUCUUAGCAAGAUGGGAAUUGUGGAUGUGUUCACCGACCAGGCUGAUCUCUCUGGUAUCACAGGUGCCCUGGAGCUGAAGGUUUCUAAAGUUGUUCAUAAGGCUGCUCUGGAUGUUGAUGAGAGUGGUACUGAGGCAGCAGCAGCAGCUGCUGCUGAAAUAGUGACAAUGUCUCUUCCUCCAACUAUUGAAUUCAACCAUCCCUUCCUCCUGCUGAUUUUCGAUAGAGAUACAAACAGUACGCUCUUCAUAGGAAAAAUAGUUAACCCAAGUAUCACUAGCUGAAGUGACAUAUGAAUUCUGCUUGUUGUUACUGAUUAAAGAAGAUAUGAAACUGCAAGAUGUGAAUUAUUUCCACGUGUGCCAGCUUAGUAUAUAGUUACUUUUUAGCAAGACUUUUCAUUCUAUGCCAUUAUCUAAAACUAACAGUAUUGACCAUGACAUUUGAUUAAGAGGAAGGGAGGAAAGUAUUUUAAGUUCAGCUAGCAAAGAACACCUUUUUUACUUGACUAAAAGCCAAGGAAAGAUCUAAGAUUUGCCCACAUUCAGAGGCAUUUGUAUUACAAUGGAGGACUAAUGCUUAGUAUGAGAUUGUCAGCCAGAUAAAAUGAUUAACACUUGCAAACAAAGCAGAAGUGGUUGUAAUUUAGCAUAUGUAAGUAAACAAGAGAUGGGAAGAAUUGGAUCAACAGUGCAGGGUCACAGGAGACUGAAGCUUCUAAUGUAGACAGCACUGGGCAUAGGAAAACCUGUCUUCAACAGAGAGAGAAAUUUUCUUUCUCCAUCAGAAGCCUAUUAUCAUUUCUAGCAUUAAUUUAGCAGCAAAUCUUCCCAAGUUUCUUGCAGGUCAAAACAGAGCAGGAGGAUCAAAUCUGCUCUUGAACCUGAAGACUUUCAACCCCUUACUGCCAAGUCGACAGACUUAGAUAGCCCAUGCAAGUAGCUGACUUCUCACACAUGUAUCCAUGAGUGGCUGGAAGGAGCACAUAGUCAGAUGGGCAGAUGAGGUAUUUGAUUGGCAAUUACACAAGUCUACUUUCAGCUGAGAUUUGUGGAAAAUGUAAAAUGAGUGUCUAGAAAAUUGUAGAUAUUUCAAAUUCUAUCCUGUUACAGACAACAAAUUAGAUAAUUAGCACCCAACAAACGGAUUGCCUGACUGAGGGGGUGGUGGCAGGCACCCAGGUAGGACACAGGGCAGCUUGAGGGCUGGCUAGUAACCAUUUCCAACAGAGCUGCCCUCACAAGAGGCACCAGAAAGAGCACAGUUGCCCCUUUCUUCCCUGCAGUUGUGGGUUUUGGAAGGAGACGAAAUGGUGUCACAGCAUCAGGAAGCAUGUUAGAAGCAGUCAAAUGGCUUGGGAAGUCAACAGCCCAGAAAUGUCCCGCAUGACCUUUGUGAAAUUAGAGCAAGAGUGAAUAUAUCAGUCUGGUGUAAAAACACUGUCUCCCCUUUCACAGUCGAAAGGAAAGACCCCUUUCUGCUCUGUCUUCCUAGU